UUUGCCGUCAUCGCAAUUGUACUUGCUUGCGCAGGCGCAGCAGUCAUGAUCGGGGUAGCUCUCACGCAUUCGUACAUGAGAGCCAGAAAUGCGAAGACUCUAAACGCCACCGAACAAGUACGGGAUAACUCGCAAAGAGGGUAUAUGACAGAUGUGAGGGAGAGAAAUGUGAGGGAUAUGAUGCUGGAGUAUGGAUGGCAGGAUUAUGCCCCUCCAAAGCGACCGCAGAUGAACAUGAGGACGGACACGGAUGAUAGUAUGGGAACCUCGAGAUGAAUUGUCUCCGGAUGGACAGGAAUGAAGCUGGCUUCUUCUUGAAACGAAAUUUAUGAUGCGAAAGACUUAUGACGGACUUGGGAACGUCUUCGUCAGGUUGGCCACACGAGGAGAAUCUUCGAGGAUCACAGGCUGUCGAACUUGCUACUAUAAUCGGAGCAGCCGGAAUCGCAACACGCUCGACAAGAUAGCAGGGGAAGAGAGACCUCGUAGCAUCGAACGGCAAGUCUCGUUGAGAAGGACUACAUCGGCGGGAGUCUCUUGGCCAUGCCGCUGUUCUGGCAGGCCAUGACUACAUCGGGCUCGAGAAGCAGGUCCUCGGACGGCACGCAGAUCACUGUCACGCCGGAAGACCGCAAGAUGCUAGCGAUGAUCAUGAUUGUGCUUUCGAAGUGCGUUCCAGGGGAGAACCGUUCCCCGACACUUAGAAGGUACCCGAAGCCCGCAGCCAAAGCUCCAACUACGCACGGUGGAGGUUGUGAUCCGGAUCCGGAGCAAUGGGCGUAUCUCUCACGAGUAACACAGCUAGUUUCUCAAACGCGAGCCACAUAUUCGGCGGCGGCCUACUUUGGCACGUUGGCUGGGCAGAGACCAUGUCAGCAUAGGCAAAGGUCAAAUGGUGUCAUAUCGCGAAGAUCUUUGGUCGUGUCCAGUAACAUGCGGCUGGACACGAGAGACCUGAGCAGGUCCUGAUCGCAGUGUGUUUGCUCGACGACAAAAUCUCCGGCAACUGGCGCAAUGAGGCAUGAUACAAUAGCCUCGCAAGAUGUGAUGAGAAAUAAAUGUAGGCAUUAUGACAUAGAUCCUUUGUGAAUAAAAUAGACGUGCGGCUUUAGAGUGUAGCCCAUGCAGAUGAACUAUGCCGACCAAGCAAAAUCCACCAGAAC